CAUGGGUAAUGAACUACAACACCGUGCCCUUGUGUCCUCAUUGGUCCGCAGGUGAUUUAACAGGAUUGGCUGUAAGUAGCUUUCGCAGGAAGGUAAACAUAACAGUGCGUUCAGCAGAGAGGCAACACAAGGAAAUGUAAGAGAAAAGAAAACGACACGUAGAGCUGUCAGACCUCUGAGACUUCAGCAGACAUGGUGGAGGUGUUCACCGGGCGCACGCUGCUCAAUAAAGACGGGGACUUCGUGGAUCCCGAGGAGGCGCUGAGGAACAAAGUGGUGGGGAUUUACUUUUCUGCAGGAUGGUGUCCGCCCUGUCGAGACUUCACGCCGAUCCUGUGUGAUUUCUACACGGAGCUGGUGGAGGAGACUGAACCUCCGGCUCAGUUUGAGAUAGUUUUCAUCUCCUCUGACAAGACGUCCGAUGAUAUGGUUGAAUAUUAUCAUGACAUGCACGGAGACUGGCUGGCUCUGCCCUGGACGGAUGAUUACAAACAUGAACUGAAGCAACGCUACAAAAUCACAGCGGUGCCCAAACUGGUGAUCGUGAAGGAGAACGGCGACGUGAUCACAGACAAGGGCAGGAAACAGAUCAGAGAUCGAGGCCUGGCCUGCUUCAGGUCCUGGUUGGACGCUGCAGAGAUCUUUCAGAACUUUAAGGGUUAAGAAAGAAACGACCACAGCAGCAAGGAAAAUGUCAACCCAUCUUUCCACGUGGGCUCCUGGAGCCUCGUUAGAGAGACCCGAACAAAACCAAAAAAACACACUAAUAAAUAUUUCUACAAUUAUUUAAUUUCAGUGGUUCCCAACUUGGGGAGAUGAUUAAAGCGAUACAAGAGAACACAUUAGUUUAUCUAUUUUUUUGCUUCCUUCAAAUGAGGCAAUCUGAGAAAUCGAACUUUGAAUUGCUUACAGGGUCAUGCUUUGAUUAAGCGGGUUGAGGAAACACUGCUUUAGUUUUGCUGAAUUUUAACAAACAUGCUAUGCAUUCAAGAAAAACCUCAGGCGUGUCCAUUACAGUACACAUGUGAAGAAUGCUCUUGUGUGUUUAGUUUGAAUGACACAAGCCGGCUGCUGUAGUUACUCUGUCUCUUUGAAAAUGCAUUCAUUGAUAAGCCAGUGCACUAAUUAAACAGCUUAACUUUGCCCAUAUUAAGUAGAUAUCUUCUUUCCAGAGAGCUUGCUUUUAUAUAUUUAAGGUUGGACUCGUAGUUCUACAUUGAGCUGCCUGUAUAUUUUUGUAUUUUGUUUUUUAUGAGUUGUUAAGAAGGUUAUUAUUAAAAAAUAUAUAUGAA